GAAUUUAACAUAUUUAUAGAAGCACAAGGAGGAAACUACAUUAGUUAGUCGAUACUAAUCAUGAAGGUAACAGUUUUAAUAGUAUGCCUUCUCUCUACGAGUUUGGCAGAUGACCCAAUCAACACCCGGUACUUCCCCAAAGACUUCAAAUUCGGUGUGGCGAAUGCAGCCACCCAGAUCGAAGGAGGCUGGAACGAGGAUGGCAAGGGAGAAACUAUAUGGGACUACUGGGCCCACAAUUACCCCGAGAAAAUUACCGACCGCUCCACUCCAGAUAUCGCUUGCGACUCCUACCACAAAUACAAAGAAGACGUAGCUCUGGUGAAAGCCAUGGGCCUGGACUACUAUCGUCUCUCAAUUGCUUGGUCCAGGAUCUUACCGACCGGCCACCCCGACAAGAUAAACCAAGCCGGUGUGCGAUACUACAAGAAUUUAUUCGCAGAACUGAAAGAAGCUGAGGUGGAGCCCAUGGUAACGCUUUACCACUGGGAUUUACCGCAACCUCUCCAAGUAGAAUACGGAGGUUGGUUGAAUGAAACGGUGGUGGAUCUCUUUUCGGAAUACGCGAGGAUCUGCUUCGAACUCUUUAAAGACGACGUGAAGAUGUGGACCACCAUCAACGAACCGAAACAGGUCUGUCAUGCUGGAUACGGUACUGGAGUUUACGCUCCUGGUGUCGUUUCCAAUGGUAUUGGAGAAUACAUAUGCGCUAAGAAUGUAAUUUUGGCUCACGCCAAGGCUUACCACAUCUACGACAACGAAUUUAGAGCCACUAAUCAAGGAAGGAUCGCUAUGGUCAUCGAUACGACAUGGUACGAACCCGGAAGUGACAGUGAAGAAGACCAGGAAGCAUCAGAAAGAAUCCUCCAGUUUAGUUUUGGUCUAUACGCCAACCCGAUCUUCAUCGGAGACUGGCCAAAAGUAGUGAUUGACAGAGUCGCACAACGCAGUGAAUUGGAAGGAUUCACUUCUUCCCGCCUCCCCGUCUUCACCGAUGAGGAAAUCGCUUAUGUCAAGGGUACCUAUGAUUAUCUGGGCUUAAACCAUUACUCCACCAACAUGGCCAACGCUACAGCGGAUUUACCAAUCGGAAAUUCAAGUUAUGGAAACGACAUCAGUGUCUUGACUUGGAGACGACCAGAGUGGCCAAGAGGUGCUGAUAAUCAGUUUGCCGUUGUCCCGUGGGGUUUGAGACAUCUUCUUGUGUGGCUGAAGAAGACUUAUGGUGAUGCUGAAAUCGUCAUCACAGAAAGUGGCCUUUCAGAUACUACGGGAAUAAUGGAAGAUGACCAUAGAAUAUCAUAUUAUCAGGAUUAUUUGAGCGCUUGCUUGGACGCUAUCUAUGAAGACGGAGUCAACUUGUCGACCUACACGGCUUGGAGUAUUAUUGAUGAUUGGGAAUGGAACGCCGGAUACACUUCAUCCUUGGGCAUGUACUACGUGAAUUUCACGGAUCCAGAAAGAACUAGAAUUCCAAGAAAGUCUGCUAGUUGGUUCACAAACAUGGUGGCCACACGUUGCCUGGUAGACACUUGUACGCAAUAAGAAGUCUCAUUUGUUAUUCUAGUGUAUAUUUGUAAAUAAAUAUAUUCAAAUGUU